GAAGCGCCGCUGUGUGGGGCCCAAGAUGGCGGCGGGGAUGUACCUGGAGCACUACCUGGACAGUAUUGAGAACCUGCCAUUUGAAUUACAGAGAAACUUCCAGCUCAUGCGAGAUCUGGAUCAGAGGACAGAAGACCUCAAGUCAGAGAUCGAUAAGUUGGCCACGGAGUAUAUCAGCAAUGCACGGACUCUGUCCUCGGAGGAAAAACUGGGACUUCUCAAGCAAAUCCAGGAGGCCUAUGGAAAGUGCAAGGAAUUUGGGGACGACAAAGUUCAGCUGGCUAUGCAGACCUACGAGAUGGUUGAUAAGCACAUCCGGCGGUUGGACACAGAUCUCGCUCGCUUUGAAGCAGACCUGAAGGAGAAGCAGAUAGAGUCGAGUGACUAUGACAGUUCUUCCAGCAAGGGCAAGAAGAAGGGCCGAGCCCAGAAAGAGAAAAAAGCUGCCCGUGCUCGCUCUAAAGGGAAAAACUCUGAUGAGGAAGCACCAAAAACUGCCCAAAAGAAGUUGAAGCUUGUCCGCACUAGCACAGAGUAUGGGAUGCCUUCCGUCACCUUUGGAAAUGUGCACCCCUCGGAUGUACUGGAUAUGCCCGUGGACCCCAAUGAGCCCACUUACUGCCUCUGCCACCAGGUCUCCUAUGGGGAGAUGAUUGGCUGUGACAACCCUGAUUGUUCCAUUGAAUGGUUUCAUUUUGCCUGUGUGGGUCUGACAACAAAACCAAGAGGAAAAUGGUUCUGCCCUCGCUGUUCCCAGGAGAGGAAGAAGAAGUAAAUUCACAUGAGACCUCAGUACUGCUGCAGGAGCUCUCUUCCCCCUGCCAGGGCCUCGUCCCAGUUCCCCCAGCCCUUGGGGCCUUGGCUGAAGGGAAGUCUUGCCCUGUUUGUGGUUUGGGCCAUCCCUGGAAUGGUGUGUACCCUCACGGUGGUUCCUGUGUGUUCUGUAUCCCUGGUUGCUUCUGAGUCCUUAAGGGAGGCCCUCUCUGUGUACUGUUCCAAACAGGUCUCUGAACCUCAAAGGGAAUGAAUGAGGGCACCAGGGUAGCCACCAGAUUCCCAGGGAUUCAGGUAGCCCCUGAUUUUCCUUGGCUUUCCUUCAGCCUCCUCAGAGUUCAUUGCCUAUUCUCUGCUUAGAGAACAAGGCUAUGGGAUGGGGGAAGGAAAGGAGGUAAGUCUUCAGCAUUUUAGGUCAUUCAUUUUCCUGGAUCUUUUUCAGGAGAGAGGGAGUAACCAGGCUACUUCUUAAUCUAGUGGGCUGGUUGAGAGACUGAAAACCUGAUGUGCUCCCUGUCUUUAACCAUUCCACUGCUGGCUUUGAGCAGCCUCUUUUGUUGGGGAGAGGAGGAGGCAGAGGGAGUGUUUAGAGCUAGCUUUGUCUCUCUUAUUCCUGGGGUAAACCUGCUGGUCUGGGAAGCACACUGUGUGAAGGAGGAAGAAUUUCUGACCACGUGGGGAGAAACGGCUUGAUCCAGUCUGUCUUCCGGCUUCAAAAUUCUGCCUUCCUCUUGUGUAGUGGUGCUUCUCCAUUAUGUUGAUGGUGGGAAGUUUGGGGAUUCAGAUCCCACUUGUAUGAUACAGAAUUAAAUAAAAUUCAUUGAAACAAGUACUCUGUUUGCCUUGACAUCACCUCCAAAAUAAACUGCGGCAAUUGG